GCCUUUGUAGUCCCAGUUCUUCACCGGAUCAAACAAGAGAGACUAAACCCCCAAAAUCCAAAGAAGCCCUAGAAAACUCAAAUCCCUCUGAGAUCUGACAUAACAAAACGAAAUGGCGAAAACCAUGAAACUUCCAUCUAUUACACUCCCAACUCCAAUGACAGUGUUCUCGUUAGUCUUAUUAACUUAUUUCUUAGUUGUAUCAGGAUUUGUAUACGACGUAAUUGUUGAACCUCCAGGGAUUGGAUCUACUCAAGAUAGAUUUACAGGUGUUGUUAGACCAGUUGUUUUCUUGCCUGGACGUGUUAACGGUCAGUACAUAAUUGAAGGGCUUUCAUCUGGUUUUAUGUUUGUUCUUGGUGGUCUUGGUAUUAUUCUCUUAGAUCUUGGUUUUGAUCGUAAUCGUGAUAAAAGUGUUAAGAUCUUCUUCGUUUCAGUCGGGAUUGCUUCUGUUGUUAUUGCUUAUAUCAUGAGUAUGCUUUUUAUUCGUAUUAAAAUUCCUGGUUAUCUUAAAUAAGUUGGGGAAAAACAAACAUCUAAGACUAGGAUUUUCUUUUUUCUUUUCUUUUUAAAGACAUUUGAUGAAGUAUGUUGUAGUAAGCUUAAUUACAACUUUAUUUCAAGUAACAUAUUAUAUUAUAGAGAACAAUGUGAGUUUUUAUGUGAAUAUUUUUUCUGUUA